GAGAGGAUCAUGCAGGGUAUAAGCUCUCUUUCCCAUCAUCUUCAUCAUCAUCACCAUCAUCUUCAUCAUCAUCAGUCCAGCCUGCCCCACCUGAGGGAUCAUGUCAGUGAACAGCACCGCGGAGACAACAGCAGCAGCAGCACCGGGGAGGGAGUACACCUGUGUGCGCUUCUACGUGUCCACCGUCUCCUUCUCGGUUCUCCUCUUCUUCAACCUCAUCAUCAACUGGACCAUCGUGCGGGAGGAGCGGCUCCGGACUCGAGCGCGCUUCGUGCUGGUCUUCCAGCUGCUGGUGUCGGCUCUGCUCCACCUGGGCAUGAGCAGCGUCUUCUACUAUCAGGUGCACCUUGACGCGCAGCCGGGACGCACCGCCUGUCUGCUCAUGGUGACCAUCCUGAUCUGCAGCGCCUCCUGCAUCCUCCUGACGCUCACGGUGAUGGCUCUGGACCGCUACUGCGCCGUGUGCCACCCGAUGCGCUACACCGCCACCUGCAUCGCGGGGCACUGGCCCUGGCUGCUGGGUGCGCUCACCUGGCUGGUGGCGCUGGUCAUCCCCCUCAGCCUGCUCCUCCAGCCGAGCCAAGAGGACAACUACAGCGGGAAGUGUGGCCCUCAGCAGCUGAGGAGAGGCGUGCUGCAGAAGGUGCUGUUCAUCGGGUUGUGCACGAUGUUGAUUCUGUACAGCUAUGUGUGCAUACUGGUGGAGGGGCGGAGGUUAGGGGUGCUCAAUCGGCGCAACCGUGCCGGGUGUCGGACCAUCGCCCUGCACGGCACCCAGCUGGCCGUUUACAUCCUCCCCAGCUUCGUGAGCUUCGUGCUGACGACGCUGCACAAGCACGAGCUCAUCCUGACGCGGACCAGAGAACUGUCCGCAGUGGUCACCUUCGCCUUCUUCAGCCUGGCGCAGUGCGUCGCGCCAAUUGUUUACGGUUUGCGCAAAGAGGAACUCCUGGAGAACGUGAGCCACAGGUUCCCUUGCUGUUCCCGGUACUUGAAGAGUGUCCUGGGCUGGACGGUGCGAGGCAGCUGGGUACCCCCCCACCACAGAACACGGUGCGACUCCUACAGGGAGCGAACACUCACCGCCCUGACGAUCAUCUCCCAAGAGGUUCCACAAGUCCUAGUGGAGGAGGAGGAGGAAAUGAGGCCAAUGUCAGUCCGGAGUUCCUCACAUGACUCACACUCAUGUCAGGGUGAUGCAGACAAUGCCUGAUGGGGGGGUGCAAAGAAUGUCGCUGUUGGGAUCCUGAGCGGCACAGGGACAUUUGGAGAAGUAGCCGGUUUUCUCAGGGCCUCAAGGAAUCUCCUCGGACUUCAUGAGGAGAAGAUUAAGACCAGGAUGUACAGCAACGUUAUGUUUGGACGAAUCACAAGGACACAUGGACUAACAGCGGAGCAGAGUGUGGUUCAACUAGUUACUUCUCUUACUGUGAAUUUGCCUGGCUGGUCCAGGGAUUUAAACCUAAAAGUCUUCAGCUCACAAGUCAACCUCUCAGACCUCUUGGCUACAAACAGUCUGGCAUCAUUUGACUGCGAUGGAGCAAAAUGUUGUUUCCAUGUGUUCUUUACCAUGUGCAUAUAAAAAAAAAAAGAUCUCUAACUCUAAUGGCCUUGAUCCACUUCAAUAUUUCCAUUCCCCACAUGCUGCAAAGUCUGCCAUCUUGGUCAUUUUGUGGCUGAGUUGCAGUCUGUCACGCACACUUUCAGUUAGACGGGGGAAUUCACAACAUUUUAACCACACGGCUCCUGAUGCACUGGCUCAGCAACAUCCACAUCGCGUGGCAGCGACACUUAACAAGUGUGUAAAAGUGCAGGAGCGAGUUCCUGUUU